AUGAAGCCUGGCAAUACCACCAGUGGCCUGUCUCCACCUUCUACCGCUUCUCCCGGUGGUGUCACCAAAAGUACCUCGUUGCCCAUUUCACGCUCAACCAAUUCGGCGUGGGAGAAACCUGAACGCGCUCGAACCAGUCACGCUUGCGAACCAUGUCGCGAGCGAAAGACAAAGUGUGAUGGCUCUAGGCCUGCAUGUCGAAGGUGUCUUCACACCGGCACCACUUGCUACUAUGGCUACGGCAAGGGAUGGAGGAAACGGAAAUUGCUGACAGCGUCCCCCCACGCUUCUAGGACCGCAGAGGACCUCACGGCAACCUCGCGCCGUUUGGCACGGUAUGAGAGCCUUCUCAAUGAGAUCAUACCAAUGGUCUCGCCAGAGGUACGAGCCUUGAUCGAGGAUGCACGCGACAACGAUACGGGCGCGUCAAAUAAUGGCUCCGAGACGGCGGAAACAGAGCAAAAUCUUCUGCCGCCUGCUUUGCUCAAGGUCGAGUCGACCAUGUCGGGAUCGGGCGGCCGCAUCAUCCUGCCGCUCCCGGUACCUAGCCCGCAUGUCCCGGCAGCGUCCCGCUCAUCUACGUCGUCGGGGACAUUUGAUUCAGUUGUUCCGCCGCCCACGAUUGCGAGCACAGGUCCAGGAUCUACCGUCCAGACAUCGUCACGACUGUCGCCCGAGUCUAACAAUUCGGGGACUCGAUUGCCAUCCAUCACGGCUGAGGGCCUUCUGAUUGAAACCGGACUCAGAGAUCGGUCGCCCACAAGUCUACACCCGGUUGGAAGUUAUGGACAAGACCGUCUGGGAGCGCCGCCAACCUCUCCGACCAGUCACACGUCCCUUGGAGGUGCGUUGACCACACCACAUCCUGGACCUUCAGAUACUGACCCGCGGAGAAGAGACUAUUCGGUCCCCACAGUUUUCCCCUGGCUAAAAUCCAACGAAGCCGCAGCAGUCCGCAAUUGA